GGUGAAGGUGGCCUUUCGAUUUACAUAUACACGUAUCUUAAUACACGUAUCUCAAGUUUGCAUCUAUCCUAGCUUCUUGAUCGUCCAUUCUUUACUCCACGUUGAGCUCGGGUAUUCCAAUGCGGCGUCUACGGUGAUUUUAUACGAUUCUCUCUAUUGGUUCUGGUUUUACCUUGCCAUUGACUUUUCCUACCGCCUACCUACCUACAUAACGGAGGUAUUAAAAAGAAAAAAAGAAAAAAAAAAACCAGUUGAUCUGACCUGCGCAACCUAUCCGACAUGCCUCCGAAAUCGAGAUUCACAAGGCUAGAUGCCUUUACCAAGACCGUCGAGGAUGCGCGCAUACGAACUACCUCGGGCGGAAUCGUCACUAUCGUAUCCCUGAUCAUCGUUUUCUAUCUUGCCUGGGGGGAAUGGUCCGACUAUAGGAGGAUAGUUAUCCACCCCGAACUUAUCGUCGACAAAGGCAGAGGAGAGCGCAUGGAAAUUCAUAUGAACAUCACUUUCCCUAGGCUGCCUUGCGAGCUCCUAACCCUUGACGUGAUGGAUGUCUCUGGUGAGCAACAGCAUGGUGUUUUACAUGGUGUGAAGAAAGUCAGACUGCAACCAAUUACACAAGGCGGCGGCGUUAUCGAUGUGACUGCUUUAUCUCUCCAUGGCAAGGAAGAAACCGCCGAGCAUCUAGAUCCUAACUACUGCGGGCCCUGCUAUGGCGCCCCGGCUCCCGCCAACGCCGCGAAACCCGGCUGCUGUAAUACCUGUGACGAGGUUCGGGACGCGUACCAGCAGGCGUCUUGGGCUUUUGGUAGGGGUGAAGGUGUCGAGCAAUGCUUGCGGGAACACUACGCCGAGAGGUUGGACGAGCAGAGGCACGAGGGGUGCCGGAUUGAGGGCGCGAUUCGCGUCAACAAGGUUAUUGGCAACUUUCACUUUGCGCCAGGUCGAAGUUUCAGCAGCGGCAACAUGCACGUUCACGAUUUGAAGAACUACUGGGAUAGCCCGGUUCGUCACUCAUUUGAGCACGAGAUCCACCAACUACGCUUCGGACCUCAGCUCCCUGAAGAUAUCACGCGGAAGCAUGCCAAGAACAGCCCUUGGACUAACCACCACAUCAACCCUCUUGACCAAGUCAAGCAGACCACCGAGGAUCCCGCUUUCAACUUCAUGUACUUUGUCAAAGUUGUCCCUACUGCGUAUCUUCCCCUAAGCUGGUCGACGGCGAACGGACAUAACAGACAACUUGACGAGGAGACAUGGUUGGGAGGCCUGGGCCACGCAACUGAUGGCAGCAUGGAGACUCACCAGUACUCGGUCACAAGCCACAAGCGAAGCUUGGCUGGCGGUGAUGACGCAGCUGAGGGUCACCAAGAACGGAUGCACGCGAGAGGUGGUAUCCCAGGUGUAUUCUUUUCCUACGACAUCUCCCCGAUGAAAGUGAUUAACCGUGAGGAACGUGCUAAAACUUUCACCGGCUUUCUAACAGGUCUAUGCGCUGUGAUCGGUGGUACGCUGACAGUAGCUGCGGCGGUUGAUAGGGGUGUAUACGAAGGUGCGACGAGGCUGAAGAAGCUUCAAUCAAAAAAUCUUUAGAGGUGUUACUGGGUAUUAUUUCAAGUGUAAAUUAAACGCCUGGCCAAGAUAGGUUCUUUUGCUUGUUUCCAUAACGCAUAGGAAAAUGGAGUUGCCGGUUAGAUAUUUGGAAA